CUUUUGUUUUUCUCUUUGUUGUUUCCCGGUCAAAGUAAAAAGCACUCGCAAGCUGAUUAUAUGUCAGUCCAGUUCAUGAAUCAACAAAACAAACAAGGGAAUAGUCUUAGUCAUAUUUCUUCAAAUUGGUCCAUCAAUAAUUUAAAAAAGCCCAUAAAAUUCUAUAAAUUCCACCCCCGUCUUUCGAAAUCUCAACUUCACAACUCUCUCUCUCUCUCUCUCUCUCUCUCUGAGUCUCUCUGCCUCUGACGACUCUCUGCUUUGAACAGAGCAGAGAUUGAUUGUUAAUUGCCUACUGGUAUUAGAGCUCUGAAAUAGCUAUGAUGCCUGUCUCCUUGACGAGGGGGCUUCUUCUGUUAUGCUUGUGUAUAGCAGCGGCGACAAUGAGAACAGCAGAAGCAGCAGGUGGAGGAGGAUACAUGAAAUAUAAGGACCCCAAACAGCCCUUGAAUACUAGAAUCAAUGACCUACUGAGCCGGAUGACUUUGGAGGAAAAGAUUGGCCAGAUGACGCAGAUAGACCGCAGUGUUGCUUCAGCUGAGGUCAUGAACAAGUACUACAUUGGGAGUGUCUUGAGCGGCGGUGGGAGUGUGCCAUCAAAACAAGCUUCUGCAGAGACUUGGGUUACAAUGGUGAAUGAUUUUCAAAAGGGUUCUCUAUCAACUCGCCUCGGUAUUCCAAUGAUUUAUGGUAUUGAUGCUGUUCAUGGCCACAAUAAUGUCUACAAGGCAACAAUCUUUCCCCACAAUGUUGGCCUCGGAGCUACCAGGGACCCUGAGCUUGUUAAGAAGAUUGGAGCUGCAACUGCACUUGAAGUUAGAGCCACAGGCAUUCCAUAUGUCUUUGCACCUUGCAUAGCGGUUUGUAGAGAUCCAAGAUGGGGUCGUUGUUACGAAAGCUAUAGUGAAGAUCAUAAGGUUGUUCAAGCAAUGACUCAGAUCAUACCUGGAUUACAAGGAGAUAUACCACCUAACUCUAGAAAGGGUGUUCCCUUUAUAGCAGCUGGAAAUAAAAAGGUUGCAGCUUGUGCAAAGCAUUAUGUGGGCGAUGGUGGAACAACCAAAGGCAUCAAUGAGAAUAACACUGUGAUAAACAGGCAUGGGUUGCUCAGCAUUCACAUGCCAGCCUACUAUAACUCAAUUAUCGAAGGUGUUGCAACCAUUAUGGUAUCUUACUCCAGCUGGAAUGGAGUCAAGAUGCAUGCUAACCGUGAUCUGGUCACUGGCUUUCUUAAGAAUACUCUCCGUUUCAGGGGUUUUGUCAUCUCAGAUUGGGAGGGUAUUGACAGAAUCACCUCACCACCUCAUGCCAACUACUCAUACUCGAUUACAGCAGGGAUCAAUGCUGGCAUUGACAUGAUCAUGGUUCCAUACAACUAUACAGAAUUCAUUGAUGGUCUAACUUUCCAGGCAAAAAAUAAAAUCAUUCCCAUGAGCAGAAUUGAUGAUGCAGUGAGGAGAAUUUUGCGGGUUAAGUUUAUAAUGGGGCUAUUUGAGAAUCCGUUGGCUGAUCUCAGCCUCGUCAACCAGCUUGGCAGUCAGGAACACAGAGACUUGGCUCGGGAAUCUGUGAGGCGAUCAUUAGUUCUUCUAAAGAAUGGUGAAUCUGCAGACAAGCCAUUGCUACCCCUUCCCAAGAAGACAUCAAAAAUACUUGUAGCUGGAAGUCAUGCAGACAAUCUUGGUUAUCAGUGUGGUGGUUGGACCAUUGAGUGGCAGGGAUUGAGUGGCAACAAUCUCACACAUGGUACCACAAUCCUAACCGGUAUAAAGAACACAGUUGAUCCAGAAACCGAAGUGGUGUAUAAGGAGAAUCCUGAUGCGGAGUAUGUUAAGUCAAAUGAUUUCUCCUAUGCCAUCGUUGUCGUAGGAGAACCACCAUAUGCGGAGACAUUUGGUGACAGUUUAAAUUUGACUCUCCCUGAUGCGGGCCUUAAAACCAUUACAAAUGUUUGUGGUGCUGUGAAGUGUGUUGUCAUCGUCAUCUCCGGUCGUCCUGUUGUGAUCCAACCAUAUGUUCCCCUGCUAGAUGCUCUGGUUGCGGCGUGGCUUCCAGGAAGUGAAGGCCAAGGAGUUGCUGAUGUUUUGUUUGGUGACUAUGGUUUCACCGGCAAGCUUUCUCGCACUUGGUUUAAAACUGUUGAUCAGCUGCCUAUGAAUGUUGGGGAUCCACAUUAUGACCCUCUCUUCCCCUUUGGAUUUGGCCUCAAAACAACACCCAGCAAAGCCAACUAGGAAAUCGUUUUGCUACUCUUCAAUGAUUUUAUGGAUAUAUGUGAGGCUGUGAGCUAAUGUAAUUGACUUAGAAUCCCUUUUUUUAUCAGCAUAAAUCAAGCGAAUAACCUUUAAGCAAAAGGCAAUAUUUGAGUUUAUGAAAAUUUAACCUUAAAGGA